AUGUGCGACUGUUUCCACCUGGCCUUCCCCAACUGGCACGCCGCCUCCUCAGGGACCGGUCCUGGUCGAAGGCUGAGAGGACCAGAGCCCGGUGCAGAGGACGAUUCAACAUGUGACGAGCCAUCUCAGUUCACAGAGGGUGAGAGACCACGCCCCCAGGGAUCGUCCCCCGUCGAGGAGUUUCCUGAAAUUGAAAAAUACGGCGAGAGUGACAAAGAGUGUGAAGCAGAGCAUGACCCACACCACAAAAGUGGGAGUGGAAAGAAAACUAAAAAGUCUGGGCUCGGAUCCAUGUUUGAAAAGCGCUCGACUCCAAAGAUGAGUAAACUGAAGGAAGUUCCCAGCCCUGAGUCUGGGGUGAUAGUGAAAACAGCCGAAGAUGGAUGUGCAGAGGGUAUCGUUUAUGGUGGAGGAGGGAAAGAAGGGAUCUUCAUUAAGCAAGUGGUACCAGAGUCACCUGCUUCAAAAAGUCUGAAACUGAAAGAAGGUGAUCAGAUUCUGAGCGCCACAGUGUAUUUUGACAACAUGUCAUACGAGGAUGCCAUGCAGAUAAUGGAGCACGCUCAGGCUUACAGAAUGAAGCUCUGCUUGAAACGUAAACCAGACAUCACAGAGACUGAACCAGCCUUCGAAUCUGACGUCAUCCCUGAGGACGACAUUUACCCUCCAGAGAUGAGGGAACAAGGAAAAACCAAAAGGCGUGGGGAUGCCCGCAUUUCAUGGCCUAAGUUUCCCUCCUUUGGAAAGGGAAAGAAGUCCCGCUUCACAAGGUCUCACAGUUCCUCAGAGGCUGAUGAGCAGAGAAAGCUUGAGCUUAGCCCCACAACAAGUGACACAGAGUCACCUAUAAAAUCUCAGGAUGCGCUCAAAGGCAAGAAGAGGCAUAAAUUAAAGCUUUCUAGUCUGAAAAAGAGAGGCCGCAUAAGUUCAUCAGAAGACCAGGAUACAGACACACCAACAACUGGGCAGAUCAGUGGCAAAAUUCUCCAGACACAUGAAACAUCUGACAUGCUUUCACCUGAGUGCCUCGAAAGCCCCUCCAGAGAAAUACCAGAAGUCUACGAGACAGAAGGUCUGAAAGUAGUGGAAGACUCGAGACUUGAGCAAAACGAUCAGAAACUCUCGGAACCUCAAACUGUUCAACACAAGGUGGAACUCAUCACUUUGGAUAGCACUUUGAAAACAGAAGAUCUUACUGUGGCUCUGGCAGAGAAAGAAAUCUCUGAUACCAAGUCCCCUGAUGGCAAGAAAAAGAAGAAAGAACGGUCUGAAUUAAAAAUGAAAAUUCUGGGGAAGGAUAAAUCGAAGAAAGACGCAAAAGCAAAGUCCUCCCCGAAAAGGCUUAAAACGCUGGGAGCAAGUAUUGAAAUACCAGAUCAACCUGUAAUCCCAGGAGAUCAACUCACACUUGACAAAACAGUGACAACUCAGAAGGAAAUUAGUGUACCUAAGGUGGAACUUGAUAUAUCAGAUGUCGCACUUAUGCGCAAAUCUCCAAAGGAAGAUGAAGAGAAAAUUAAGAAAGACAAGGACAUUAAACAAAAGCAAGAAAUAAAGACAGGUCCAACAUUCAAAGUGCCUAAAAUAGGUUUCAGUGACAUUGCCACUGAGGAAACUAUGCAAAAAAUACAUGUAAAUGUUGAAGAAUCCACAACAAAAAUUGAGAGUACAGAAAUGAGAGAAGAUCCUUACGAGAAACUGUCAAAAAGUGGUCUUUCCAGAACACAACUUCCCAAACGUGAAGAAAUUGAGAUUCCAGGUAUGGAGGACAUGUCCAAGACCAAAGUCAAACGACCUAAAGAGCCUAAAGCUGGUUUGAAGGGACGUUAUGAAGAACACCAAGCUGAAACUGUACAAAUGUCCAUUGAUGUUGACAGCGUAAAAGAGGCAGUUUCAAAAUUACCUGGAUAUAAGCUGCCAAAGGUUGACAUGACGGGAGUGCCUAUUCCUGAGGACAUUAUUGUGAUAGAUGCAAAUGCACAGAGAAUAUCAGUGAAAACACCUACUAAAGUUGUAGACACCAAAAAGAAACACGAGGCACACUUUGCUGAGUUUGACCUUACUGCCUCUCCAGAAAUCUCCAAGAUGACAGUCAAACAACCGAAGAUCACACCUGCUGAUUUAACCUCAGAGGAACUCAUAAUUGAGACCAAGGUACAUGUAAAAACACCUGAAAAGAAAGUGAUUCAAACAGAGGUCUUUAAACGAGAAGAUAUCGUAAUACCUGGAAAAGAAAGCAUACAAGAAGUAACCAUCCUUCAGGCACAAGAUAAGAAAUCUAAGAAGACAAAGAUAACAACAGCUAGUUUUGGUAUUGCAAAACCAGACAUAAAAAUCCCUGACAUCGGAUUUGACCUGCCAAAACAAAAGAUCUCCAAGCAAGAAGGUGAUACAGUAAAAACAGAAGGAACUAUAUUCAUCCAAGAAGUAAAAACAUCACAAACUGAAACAAGGAAAGGCAAGGGACAGAUUGGAGGAGUCAUAUCUGGUAUCAAAGUACCUCAAAUUGAUGGCAUUGAAUACAUUGAUUCAGUUGGUGCUUCCUCAGCCCAAAAGGAAGGUGACAGAGUGCUAACAGGUUUUGGUGUUAGUCUUGAUGUUGCAAAGCCAAAUUCUGACAUCUCUAUUCCAGAGAUCAGAGCUGAAGUAAAAGAUGUGAAUGCAAAGGACCAAACAAUUAAACUGGCCAAAUCUGGAGCAUUUACUGCAGACAUCAGUGCAAACAUACCUGAUGUAGAUAAGGACAUGAGCAUUGAUGCAGCGGAGAUAAACACAUUUGAAAGAGAGGGAAAGGGUAGAAAGUUUAAGAUGCCAAAUCUCGACAUCUCCAUGCCAAAGGUGAAAGGACCUAGAAUCGAUUCAAGCCCAUCAAAGAAAGAUGUAGGAGUCACACUACCAGGAGAUAAAGCUAAGGUCAAACUUCCAGAUUUUCCUAAGACUGAUGUAACACUUGGAAACAUACAUGUUUCUAUUCCAGAGCAAAAGAUUGAUGUUGAAAAACCUGAAUUUGAAAUCACACCUCUGACGACCUCUGAAUUUGAUGUACAAGGAGAUAAGUUCAAAGUACCAAAAUCUGGUAUCAAAACCCCCAAAAUCAAAGGCCCUGAAUUUGAUUUAAGCGUAUCUAAAGAAGUUGUCAAAGUACCAGAUGCUAAAGCUGAAGGGAAACUCCCACAAACCUCUGAGACUGACAUUACCCUUGGUGAUGAGGAAAUUCAUGGACAAGGUAGCAGGUUCAAAAUGCCAAAGCUGGGAAUCGCAAUGCCAAAAGUAAGAGGGCCAGAAAUUGAUUUAAGCAAAUCAAAGAAAGACAUAGAUGUGACACUACCAGAAGCAAAAGGAGAAGGUCAACUCCCUGACGUUGAAUCACAGGGACCAUCUGCAAAAGUGGAAAUUAAAGCUCCUGAACUGAAAGGUGCAGCAAGGGAAGCUGAAGGAUCACCAUCAAAAUUCAAGAUGCCAACAUUUAAACUACCAAAAUUUGGAGUUGGUUCUCCAAACAUUUCUGUGGAAGAAGAAGUACCCACAGGUAAAACUGAAGCACCCAGCACUGAAUUUGAAGGUCCGUCAAUAGAUAUGGAAACCAUUGCAACUGAUCAUGAGGGAAAAGGAAGUAUGUUUAAAAAGCCGCACUUUGGGUUCUCUAUGCCUAAAGUCAAAGGGCCUCAAAUAGAUUUGAGUGUAUCACAGAAAGACGUAGAUGUCACAACACCAGAUGUCAAUGCUGAGGUCAAACUCCCAGAAGCUCCCAAAGUUGAUGUCAGUCUUGGAAGAGCAGAAGUUAUUCUUCCAGAGGAAGAUUUGGAAGUUAAAAGGCCAGAAAUUAAAAUGAAACAUCAGCAAAGCGAAGUUGAACUUGAUGGGCAAGGAAACAAAUUUAAAAUGCCAAAGUUGGGAAUGUCAAUGCCAAAAGUAAAAGGACCUGAAAUUCAUUUUGGCCUUUCAAAGAAAGAUGGAGAUCUGACCCUAUCAGAAGCCAAAGCCGAAGUAAAAGUCACUGAAGUUGGAAUCGAAGAACCCUCCGCUGAUGUGGAAAUCAAAGCUCCUGAAAUAAAAGUUGCGGCAAAAGGAACAGAAGGAUCACCGUCAAAAUUUAAGAUGCCGUCAUUUAAACUACCAAAAUUUGGUGUUGGUACUCCAAACGUCUCUGUAAAAGUUCCUGAAGUGGACAAAGAUGUCAAAAUUGAUGGAGCUGACAUAAAUAUCCCUGAAGAAGGCUCUGUAGUUAACAUCUCAACACCCAAUGUUGACAUUGAGGGCCCUUCGACAGACAUUAAAAGUACAGGAACUGAACUGGAUGGGAAAGGAGGCAAGUUUAAAAUGCCAACUCUUGGUUUCUCUAUGCCAAAGGUGAAGGGACCUAAAGUCGAUUUAAGUCUAUCAAAGAAAGAUGUAGAUGUCACAUUACCAGAGGCUAAAACUGAUGUCAUAGUUCCAGAUGUUGAUCUCGGAAAACUAGAUGUUUCAAUUCCAGAGGCUACAAUCGAUGUUCCAGAUGCCAAACUCGAAUUCAAAGAUCCAGGCGACCAUAAAAUUCCUGAAAUGGACCCAACAGAGUGGGAAGCAGAAAUGGAUGGUCAUGGUGGGAAGUUUAAAAUGCCCAAGUUUGGAAUCAAAAUGCCAAAAGUUAAAGGCCCUGAAUUUGAUUUUAGCUUAUCGAAGAAAGACAGAGACGUCAAAUCACCAGAGCCAAAAGAUGGUGUCAAACUUCCAGAGAUUGAUCUCGGAAAAGUAGAUGUUUCAAUUCCAGAGGCUAAGAUGGAGGUUAAAAAACCUGAACUGGAAAUGCAGUCCUUGCAUAUUAAAGGGGAACUUGAUGGAAAAGAUGAAAGGUUCAAAAUGCCAAAGUUUGGAAUCAAAAUGCCAAAAGUUAAAGGGCCAGAAUUUGACUUAUCAAAGAAAGACACAGAUGGCACAAAACUUCAAGCCGAACUUCCAGAUGCCCCUAAAUUGGAUGUCAGUCUUGGAAAAGCAGAAGUUCUGGUUCCAGAGGUAAAGGCUGAAGUUGAAAUACCUGAGCUGGAAAUUAAACCAUUGCAGACUGAAGCUGAAAGUCAAGGAGGCAGGUUCAAACUGCCAACAUUUGGGAUGGCAGUACCAAAGGUAAAAGGACCUGAAUUUCAUCUAGGCUACUCAAAGAAAGAUGUGGAUGUCACACUACCAGAAGCCAAAGCAGAUGUCAAAUUAAAAGAAUCUUCAGCUACAGCAGAAAUUAAAGCUCCUGAAAUUGAAGUCACAGCAAAAGAUACAGAAGUAUCAUCAAAAUUUAAAAUGCCAACUGUCAGUGUCUCUAUGCCUAAAGUCAAAGGUGAUAUACAUUUAAGCUCAUCAAAGAAAGGCGCAGAUAUCACCUUACCAGGGACCAAAUCUGAUUUUGAAGUCCAUGGAGCCCCUAAAACUGAUGUCAAUCUUGGAAAAGCUGAAGUUUUGACUCCAAAAAUAAAGGUGGACAUUCAAAAACCUGAAGCGGAAAUCAAACCUUUGCAGACUGAUGUUGAACUUGACGGACAAGGAGGCAAAUUCAAAAUGCCAUCGUUUGGAGUCACAAUGCCAAAAGUAAAAGGUCCUGAAAUUGAUUUUAGCCUUUCAAAGAAAGAUAAGGACAUGAGACUGCCAGAUGCUAAUGCUGAGGUCAAAAUCCCAGAAGCUCCUAAAAUUGCAAUGGAAAUGAAAGCACCAGAGUGUGAGGCAGAAAUCGAUGGGCAACAAGGCAAGUUUAAAGUGCCAAAGUUUGGAAUAUCCUUGCCAAAAGUAAAGGGGCCUGACAUUGAUUUAAGCCUCUCAAAGAAAGAUGAAAAUGUGACACUACCAGAAGCUAAAGUUGAUGUCAAUCUCCCUGAUGCUGAACUAAAGGAACCUUCUGCUAAAGUAGAAAUAAAGGCAGCUGAGAUUGAUGCUCCAUUAAGCAGUAUGAAAGGAUCACCAUCAAAAUUUAAAAUGCCAACUUUCAAAUUUCCCAAAUUUGGAGUUGCAACUCCAAAUAUCAGUGCUGAAGUACCCGAUAAAGAUGUCAAAAUCGAUGGAGCUGACUUGAGCACUUCUGUGCCUCACACAGAUGUUGAUGUACCAAAAGUCAAAGCAGAGAUCCAUCUGCCAGAGGUUGAAGUCAAAGAACCUUCAGGUGGUGUUGUGAUAGACCAACAGCCAGGUGUUGAGUUAGAUACAAAAAUGAAAAAGCCAAGGUUCUCAAUGCCCAGAUUUUCUUUUUCAAAACCAAGUGUAAAGGCCCCAGAAGUUGAUGUCAGCCUUCCAGAUGUGAACGCAAUUCCAGAGGGAAAGGUGGAAAUGAAAGGAGGGGAAGUGGAUAUGAAACCACCAGAGUGUGAAGCAGAAGUUGAUGGGCAUGGAAGCAAGUUUAAGAUGCCAAAGUCUGGAAUCACAAUGCCAAAGAUAACAGGGCCUGAAAUUGAUUUAAGUCUAUCAAAGAAAGAUGUAGUUUUGACACUACCAGAAGCCAAAGCUGAAGUCAGACUUCCUGACAUUGAUCUGAAAGAACCUUCAACUGAAGUGAACAUUAAAGCUCCUGAGAUCAAGCUUGAGAAAAAGGAUACAAAAGGAUCAGCAUUGAAAUUUAAGAUGCCAACAUUUGAUCUACCAAAAUUUGGAGUUGGUACACCAAGUGCCACCAUAGAAGUGCCUGAUACAGACAAAGAUGUCAAAAUUGAUGGUGCUGAGAUUAAAAUUCCCGAAGAGGUUCUAACAGUUCACAUUGCAGCACCCAGCAUUGACACUGAAGGGCCAUCAAUUCAUAUGAAAACAACAGGACCUGAACACGAAGGAAAAGGAGGCAAAUUCAAAAUGCCAAGUCUCGGUUUUUCUGGGCCUCAAGUCAAGCGACCUGACACUGAUUUUAGCUUAUCAAAGAAAGAUGCAGAUGUGACACUACCAGAAGCCAAAGCUGAAGUCAAACUACCUGAAGUUGAACUGAAAGAACCUUCAGCUGACAUAGAAGUUAAAGCUCCUGAGAUCAAGUUUACGGCAAAGAAUACAGAAGGAUCCCCAUCAAAAUUCAAAAUGCCGUCAUUCAAAUUACCAAAAUUCGGAGUUGGUAUUCCAAGUGCCACCAUAGAAGUGCCUGAUACAGACAAAGAUGUCAAAACUGAUGGAGCAGACAUAAGCAUAUCUGGCCCACACACAGAUGUUUAUGUACCACAUGUAAAAGCAGAAGUCCAUCUGCCAGAGGUUGAAGUCAAAGAACCUAUAGGUGGUGCUGGGAUAGAGCAACCAUUGGGUGUUGAAGUAAAUGCAAAAAUAAAGAAGCCAAGGUUUUCACUGCCCAGAUUUUCGUUUUCAAAAACAAGUGUUAAGGCCCCAGAACUUGAUGUCAAUCUUCCAGAUGUGAAUGUUGCAAUUCCAGAGGGGAAGGUGGAAGUGAAAGGAGGGGAAGUUGAUAUGAAACCACCAGUGUGUGAAGCGGAAGUUGAUGGAAGCAAGCUUAAGAUGCCAAAGUUUGGAAUCACAAUGCCAAAGGUAACAGGGCCUGAAAUUGAUUUAAGUCCAUCAAAGAAAGAUAUAGAUGUGACACUACCAGAGGCCAAAGCUGAAGUCAAACUUCCUGACAUUGAUCUGAAAGAACCUUCAGCUGAAGUGAAAAUUAAAGCUCCUGAGAUUAAGAUUGAGAAAAAAGGAUCACCAUCAAAAUUUAAGAUGCCAACAUUUGAACUACCAAAGGUCAAUGUAGAAGUGCCCAAUGUGGACAAAGAUAUCAAAACUGAUGAAGCUGACAUGAAAAUUCCUGAAAAGGUUCUUACAGUUGACAUUGCAGCACCCAGUAUUGAAACUGAAGGUCUAUCAAUCCAUAUGAAAACAACAGGAACUGAACAUGAGGGAAAACGAAGCAAGUUUAAAAUGCCAAGUCUCGGUUUUUCUGGACCUACAGUCAAGCUACCUGACACUGAUUUAAGCUUAUCAAAGAAAGAUGUAGAUGUGACACUACCAGAAGCCAAAGCUGAAGUCAAACUCCCAGAGGUUGAACUGAAAGAACCUUCAGCUGACAUAGAAGUUAAAGCUCCUGAGAUCAAGGUUAAGACAAAACAUACAGAAGGAUCCCCAUCAAAAUUCAAGAUGCCAUCAUUCAAAUUGCCAAAAUUCGGAGCUGGUACUCCAAGUGCCACCAUAGAAGUGCCUGGUACAGACAAAGAUGUCAAAAUUGAUGGAGCUGACAUCAAAAUUCCAGAGGAAGUUCUCACAGUUCAUGUUGCAACACCCAGCAUUGAAACUGAAGGUCCAUCAAUCCAUAUGAAAACAACAGGACCUGAACAUGAAGGAAAAGGAGGCAAGUUCAAAAUGCCAAGUCUUGGUUUUUCUGGGCCUACAGUCAAGCAACCUGACAUUGAUUUAAGCUUAUCAAAGAAAGCUGUAGAUGUGACACUACCAGAAGUUGAAACUGAAGUCAAACUACCUGAAGUUGAACUGAAAGAACCUUCAGCUGACAUAGAAGUUAAAGCACCUGAGAUCAAGGCUAAGACAAAGCAUUCAGAAGUAUCCCCAUCAAAAUUCAAGAUGCCGUCAUUCAAAUUACCAAAAUUUGGAGCUGGUACUCCAAAUGUCACCAUAGAAGUGCCUGAUACCAAAGAUGUCAAAAUUGAUGGAGCUGAGAUUAAAAUUCCUGAAGAGGUUCUCACAGUUGACAUUGCAGCACCCAGCAUUGAAACUGAAGGUCCAUCAAUCCAUAUAAAAACAACAGGACCUGAACAUGAAGGAAAAGGAGGCAAGUUCAAAAUGCCAAGUCUCGGUUUUUCUGGGCCUACAGUCAAGCAACCUGACAUUGAUUUAAGCUUAUCAAAGAAAGAUGUAAAUGUGACAUUACCAGAAGCCAAAGCUGAAGUCAAACUCCCAGAGGUUGAAUUAAAAGCACCCUCAGCUGAAGUAGAAGUUAAAGCUCCCGAGAUCAAGGUUAAGACAAAGAAUACAGAAGUAUCCCCAUCAAAAUUCAAGAUGCCGUCAUUCAAAUUACCAAAAUUCGGAGCUGGUACUCCAAGUGCCACCAUAGAAGUGCCUGAUACAGACAAAGAUGUCAAAAUUGAUGGAGCUGAGAUUAAAAUUCCUGAAGAGGUUCUCACAGUUGACAUUGCAGCACCCAGCAUUGAAACUGAAGGUCCAUCAAUCCAUAUGAAAAUGACAGGAUCAGAACAGGAAGGAAAAGGAGGCAAGUUCAAAAUGCCAAGUCUCGGUUUUUCUGGGCCUACAAUCAAGCGACCUGACGUUGAUUUAAGCUUAUCAAAGAAAGAUGUAGAUGUGACACUACCAGAAGCCAAAGCUGAAGUCAAACUCCCAGAGGUUGAACUAAAAGCACCUUCAGCUGAAGUAGAAGUUAAAGCUCCUGAGAUCAAGGUUAAGACAAAGAAUACAGAAGUAUCCCCAUCAAAAUUCAAGAUGCCGUCAUUCAAAUUGCCAAAAUUCGGAGCUGGUACUCCAAGUGCCACCAUAGAAGUGCCUGAUACAGACAAAGAUGUCAAAAUUGAUGGAGCUGAGAUUAAAAUUCCCGAAGAGGUUCUCACAGUUGACAUUGCUGCACCCAGCAUUGAAACUGAAGGUCCAUCAAUUCAUAUGAAAACAACAGGACCUGAACAUGAAGGAAAAGGAGGCAAGUUCAAAAUGCCAAGUCUCGGUUUUUCUGGGCCUACAAUCAAGCGACCUGACGUUGAUUUAAGCUUAUCAAAGAAAGAUGUAGAUGUGACACUACCAGAAGCCAAAGCUACAGUACAAGUCCCGGAUACUGAACUAAAAGAAUCUUCUGCCAAAGUAGAAAUUAAAUCUCCUGGAAUUGAUGUUCAGAUGAGUAAUGUUGAUGGAUCGCCAUCAAAAUUUAAAAUGCCAACAUUCAAAUUACCUAAAUUUGGAGCUACUGCUCCACAUGUCAGUGUGGAAGUACCUGAUGUCGACAAAGAUAUUAAAAUCGAUGGAGCAAAGCUGUUAGUAUCAAAAGACAGCGCUAAAGUGGAUGUCAUAGCACCCAGCAUUGACAAAGAAGGCCUAUCUGUGGAUGUGAAAGCUAAAGGGGAUGAAGUGGAAGGAUCAGGAAGCAAAUUUAAAAUGCCAAAGUUUGGGAUUUCAAUGCCCAAAGUUAAAGGACCAGAAAUUGAUUUGAGCUUGUCAAAGAAAGACACAGAUGUCAAACUCCCAGAGCCCAAAGCUGAAGUUCAGGUUCCAGAUGUUAAAGUAAAACAACCAUCUGCUAAAGUGGAAAUUAAAGCUCAAGCAGGUAGUGUUGAAGGAUCCCCAUCAAAACUUAAAAUGCCAACAUUCACAUUGCCUAAAUUCGGAGCAUCUACUCCAAAGGUCAGUGUGGAAGUACCUGAUGUGGACAAAGAUAUUAAAAUUGAUGGAGCAAAGCUGGAAGUAUCUAAAGAGGGAGCUACAGUUGAUGUCACAGCACCCAGCAUUGACACAGAAGGCCUAUCUGUGGAUAUGAAAGCUAAAGGAAGUGAAGUGGAAGGAUCAUCGAGCAGAUUCAAAAUGCCGAAGUUUGGCAUCUCAAUGCCAAAAGUUCAAGGACCAGAAAUUGAUUUGAGCUUAUCAAAGAAAGAUGUUAAAAUCACAAUACCAGAGGCUAAAGCUGAGGUCAAACUACCCAAAGUCAAAGAACCUGAAGGUGCACUACCAUCACUACCAGAUGCACCUACAGUUGAAGUUGAAAGUAAGGUGAGACGACCAAGCUGGGCUUUUCCUACAUUUUCAUUUUCGAGAACAAGUAGUAAAGCUUCUGAUGUUGAUGUAAAUCUUGAAACACCCAGAGUUGAUGUUACAGUACCAGAGGCCAAAGCAGAAGUCUCUCUGCCAGAUGUUGAAGUUCAAGGACCUACAGGGGCUAUUUCAAUGGGAGAGCCGCCUGCUGCAGAACUUGAUGCAAACUUGAAAAAAACAAAAUUUUCACUACCUAGACUCUCUUUUUCAAAGUCAGGUGUUAAAGCACCUGCAGUCAGUGCUGAACUUCCACAUGUGGAUGUUUCUAUUCCAGAGGGAGAAGUGGUAGUCAAACAACCUGAUGUGGAGCUUAAGCCAGUAGAGGGUGAUGUACAAACAGAUGGACAGGGAGGCAAGUUUAAAAUACCAAAGUUUGGGAUCUCAGUGCCAAAGGUUAAAGGGCCUGAAAUUGAUUUGAGCUUGUCAAAGAAAGAUGCUGCUGUCAAACUACCAGAAGCAAAAGCUGAAGUUCAACUUCCGGAUGUCAAAAUGAAACAACCAUCUGCUAAAGUGGAGAUUAAAGCUCCUGAGAUUGAAGCUCAAGCAGGUAAUGUAAUAGGAUCACCAUCAAAACUUAAAAUGCCAACAUUCACAUUACCAAAAUUUGGAGCAGCUACUCCAAACGUCAGUGUGGAAGUACCUGAUGUGGACAAAGAUAUUAAAACGGAUGGAGCAAAGCUGGAACAAUCAAAAGAGGGAUGUAAAGUGGAUGUCACAGCACCCAGCAUUGACACAGAGGGCCUGUCUGUUGACGUGAAAGCUACAGGAGGUGAACUUGAAGGAACAGUAAGCAAAUUCAAAAUGCCAAAGUUUGGCAUCUCAGUGCCCAAAGUUAAAGGACCAGAAAUUGAUUUGAGCUUAUCAAAGAAAGAUGCAGAUGUAACACUCCCAGAGGCCAAAGCUGAAGUUCAACUUCCGGAUGUCAAAAUAAAACAACCCUCUACUAAAGUGGAGAUUAAAGCUCCUGAGAUUGAAGCUCAAGCAGGUAAUGUAAAAGGAUCACCAUCAAAACUUAAAAUGCCAACAUUCACAUUACCCAAAUUUGGAGCAUCUAGUGCAAAGGUCAGUGUGGAAGGACCUGAUUUGGACAAAGACAUUAAAAUUGAUGGAGCAAAGCUGGAAGUAUCUAAAAAGGGAGCUACAGUUGAUGUCACAGCACCCAGCGCUGACACAGAAGGCCUAUCUGUGGAUGUGAAAGCUAAAGGAAGGGAACUUGAAGAAACAGGAAGCAAAUUUAAAAUACCAAAGUUUGGCAUCUCAUUACCCAAAGUUCAAGGACCAGAAAUUGAUUUAAGCUUGUCAAAGAAAGAUGCUGAUGUCACAAUACCAGAAGCUAAAGCUGAGGUCAAACUACCCAAAGUCAAAGAACCUGAAGGUGCACUACCAUCACCACCAGAUGCACCUACAGUUGAAGUUGAAAGUAAGGUGAGACGACCAAGCUGGGCUUUUCCUACAUUUUCAUUUUCGAGAACAAGUAGUAAAGCUUCUGAUGUUGAUGUAAAUCUUGAAACACCCAGAGUUGAUGUUACAGUACCAGAGGCCAAAGCAGAAGACUCUCUGCCAGAUGUUGAAGUUCAAGGACCUACAGGGGCUAUUUCAAUGGGAGAGCCGCCUGCUGCAGAACUUGAUGCAAACUUGAAAAAAACAAAAAUUUCACUACCUAGACUCUCUUUUUCAAAGUCAGGUGUUAAAGCACCUGCAGUCAGUGCUGAACUUCCACAUGUGGAUGUUUCUAUUCCAGAGGGAGAAGUGGUAGUCAAACAACCUGACGUGGAGCUUAAGCCAGCAGAGGGUGAUGUACAAACAGAUGGACAGCGAGGCAAGUUUAAAAUGCCAAAGUUAGGCAUUGAUUUAAAAGCAUCACCGAAAAAAGUAGACAUCACACUGCCAGAAGUUGAAGCAGAAGUCAAACUCCCUGAAACUAAAGUCAAGUCUUCAGCUAGUGUGAAAGGUUCUGAGAGUGACGCCAAGUCAAAAGAUGUUGGAGGAUCACCAUUAAAAUUUAAAAUGCCAACAAUGAAAAUGCAGAAAUCGGGAAGUGCUACUUAUGAUGUCACUGUAGAGACACCUGAUGUAGACAAAGCAGCUGAAACUGAUGGAUCUAAAGUUAAAGCAGAUGUGUCUGUCAACAUCAAAGGUCCAAGUCUUGAUAUUAAAACGGACGUGUCCAACGCAGCAUUAACAGAUACAGACACGCCAAAGACUGAGACUGAUAGCGUGGUUCUUGGCUCUCCAAGUAAAUUCAAACUACCAUCAUUUAAAAUGCCAAGAAUGAGUUUCUCCAAACUGAAACCAGAGGACGAACAUGUCCCUGUUGUGACUGAAAGCAAAGAACAUCAGCUGAAAAUGGAAGUUGAGCCGAAAGAAGAAAUGAAAUCACCAAAAAUGUCUUUGACAACAUUUGGUGAAAUCCUCAAGAAUAUCGAUGUUGAAUUUGAUGUUUCAAAUGCAGACAAAGAGGAAGUAAAUCUUGAAACCUCAAAGGUUGUCCAUGAAACGGAUGGACCUGGUGAAAAGCAAUUAGAGUCAAAAGAAAAGGAAACAAAAACAAAGCAAGAGACUGUCAAAAGUCCUGAGAGGACAGGUUGGUUCAGGUUCCCUCGGUUUGGACUUUCAUCCCCAUCAGAACCUGCAAAGCUAUCUGAAAAAGACGAGCACAAAGAUGAGAAGAGCCCUGCAGGUGAAACAGCAGAUGAGGAACCAAGCCCCACCUGUUCUGUCCAGUCGUCAGAUGCCUUCGCUGAUAUUAGCUCUGCAAUGACGAGUGAGCAUGCUGGCCUGUCUUUAUCGUCUCCAACCAAGGUGACCGUCAAAUACUCUGAUCCUACCGUCACAACAGGGCUUGGAGAGAUGCACAGUAAUGUCAUCACUUCCACCACGAGGACCGAAGUGAUCUCAGUUGAGCCCAACUUACCUGAGAAAAUCACCAUUCUGUCAUCUGGAGUUUCAUCCUCUUCAGAAGACACACUCCAACUGGCAUCUGGAAAAAUACACGUCAUUACAUCAAACAUACAAGCAACCCCAACAGCCCAGCAGGCCAAACUACUAACUGACGUCCAAAUCCAAUCAGCUGGAGACUUUCCCCUGAAAUCAGAGUCGAACGAAGGUGCAUCGAUGUCGGUUGAGGAAUCACCGAGCGGCAUGAGAUCGCUGUUUGGGAGACAUUUCUUCAGGGAGACAUCAAGUGAACGAAGUGAAAGCAAAGAAACAAUUGUCAUAACUAAACAAAUCACACAUGUGAUUGAAUCUUCUGAGCCGAUCUCAGGUGAGACGGCUUCAUCGAUUCAACGACUGAGGGACUCGGUGCACUCUGACAAAAUGAGGUUCUUUGACGGGGCUAAGAAGUGAAAUAAUUUGAUCUAAAUUAUGUCAGAAGAUAGAUGUUUAAUUUAGCAGUCACAGGAAAGAUUUUGUCAGCGCUCAGGUGUCAAUGCUGGUUGCAUUCUGAUGACCUGUGAAAAGGUGGAUUAAUGUUUUUCACACUGACGAUGUGGUUAAGUUGUUGAUAAACUGUGUAACUGAGUGCCCUUAGUGCAAGUUAAGACAUGGUGUGACCAAAUAUCUUCGCUUAUGAUGAUGCAAAACUAAAGUAAGCCAUGUCCUUUGCUUAUCAACACUUAUAAUAUCUUUGUCGUUUGAUAGUUUUUAAUGUACAACACUGAUCCGACUUACUUGUGCUCUUAUUUGUCGAUUGAUAAUCACCAGUGCAUUUGAUUUAAAAACAGUUAAACAACACUGUUGCAUAAAUCGAUCAAUGUGACUGACAUUCCAAAAUAUGUUUACAAUAAUUUCACUGUAAAGUUGACUCGUGAACACCUAUAAUACAACAGUGCAGUAUAUUAUAGAACUAUGAAUAUGUAUCACCAAGAUAUUCUUGUUGCUGUAGCUAAAAUGUAAAGAAACAAUAGCAAAGCUGAGAUGACAAAGCUUAUGAUAGAACACAGCACUGCUACAGCUAUAUUUUUAUUAAUAUUUUUGCUUAGAACCUAAUUUGCUACAGUAAAAGUAAACCUAUGGUAGCUUUUCUUGCAAUAUUGCUGUACAAAGUGGGAAUAUUAAACCGGCUGUGUAAAUAGCUUUUAAUGAUUUCUGGAGUUUUAUCUGAUUACUGCUCUUCUCUUUGAAAUCUAACUGAAUGUUUGCAAAGUUAUAUACAAUAAAUAAAUAUGAUUAUAUGCAAACCUGUGGCUGACAGUGAUGAGUUAUGUUUUGUAAUCCAGGUUGGUGGGUGUCAGGUUUGGCUUUUAGCCUAAAAUACAUUAACGUCAUAGGGAUUCAUCGAUCAGUUGUUAAAUAUUGAAUUAUUGCAAACAAUUUUUUGAUAAUUGAUAAUCAGCUUGUGCAGUUUUUUUUUUAAGGAAAAUUCUUUGAUUGCAGCAUCUUCAAUGUGAAUAUUUCCUUUUCCCCCCACACUAUGACAAAUAAACUGAAUAUUCUGACAUUUGAGGACAUCAUCUUGACAUUUUCUGACAACUAAUCAAUAAAUCAAGAAAAUCUGUGACAGUGAAAGUAGCUGUAAAUUAGCU